GUGAAAUUCAUCAGCCGUUAUUCUCACAACCACACACAACAGCGACAAACGAUGAGGAAGACGACCACGAGUGCGGGUGACGGUGGUGGUGGCGGUGGUGGUGGGAAGAAGGGUUCCCGCUUGCCUGUGCGCUCAGCCCAGCCACAGCAUCAGCCACAGCAACCUCAACACCGACAUCGAAAAGUUGGCAUGCAACAAGGGACAUCCUUGCCUCCAGCCGUCAAGGGCCCGGUUCAAGCCCGAAUUGUUGUCACGGUGGAUCAGAUCGCAUGGGCCAUGCGUGACCCGCCCCGCCGCUUCACUGUCAGCCUCGCUUGGUGGGGCGACCCACAAGCCCCAACAACGUUCAGUCCCAAGGUGGUGACAAACAAGACACGCGGCAAGAACAGGCAGCGGCUGCAAGCUGCAAAGCAGAACCCGCCCUCCAAAACAUACGUGGACACGACGGCAGUCUUCCCCGUGCGAUGCGGCAAACCCCAGCUCAUGCAGUACCUGGCAGAUAUGGCGUGGAUCGGCUUUGACGUCGCAGACAGCAUCAAGCGAGUUGUGCUGGGUCGGGCGGAGUUGAAAGCGCCAAUGCAGCUGGACCGCAAACCUGUUGAGCGCUGGUGUCCCGUCAUGACCGCCGACAUGCACAAGGUUGCCGAAAUACACGUGCGCAUCCAACUCCUCACCAGCAUUGAACCACAAGGAUCGCCAAACAAGCAUGUUGUUGCGCGUCGGUCCCAGAUUCCAAUCCACCCAGAACACGCGCCACGUCACCCGCUGCACACGAGCUUCGAUCCCUUUGGCUCGCCAAUGCCGCAAGCAGGCAUGACGCCUCGGGUUGGGCGCCAUGGUGCAAGCCCGCUCAACCGCUCCAACAUCCCCCAGCUGCACAUCCAUGACACCGAUGAUGGUGAUAGUCAUGACGAUGGUGAGGUCCUGGACACCAAGAGGCAGCUCCUGUUUAACCAGCAAGAGAGACUACAACAGCAACAACACCAGCAAGAGCAACGACAGCAGCAGCAGCAGCAGCAGCAGCAACUACAACAGCAACAUUACCAGCAACAGCGGGGCAUUCCUGAGUUCAGUGCUGCCGCCAAUGACGAUGACGAUGGCGGUGAUGAUCUGCUGUCGCAAUUGAUUGAGAGGAGCGAGCGGUUACAGCGCGACAUUCACGACCUCAAUUCCGAACUCGUCGGCGUCGCAGACACUCAUGACCGCACAGCUCCCAAGAGCGCUGGACGCUAUCCAUACGCGUCAUCGUCAUCGCCAGCUCGCAUGCACAUGCACCAGCAACAACACGCCUACCAAGCAACAGCAACCACAGCAGCAACAGCAGCGCCCUACUCGGCGCCCCUUCACGCUUAUAUUGGGGCUGUCGACGAUGCUGCUGACGAUGCCACGGCGGCGCUACUUGGCCAUGGAACCAUGUACGCUGGUGAUGAUGGCGGCGGUUGUGCGGAUGGAGUGAGCGCAAGCGUGCACCGACUGCUGCUGGAUGCAGACAACACGUUUGACUCGAGUGAUUCUGUGAUGGACAACGACGACUUGAUGGCCGAUCUUCUAUACGACGCAUACGACGACGAAGGCGCGGAAGAUGAAGAUGGCAACACCACGCAGCAUGGCGAUGGUCAGGAUGUCGCUGGUGAACGUGACACUGUUGCUGCUGUGACUCGUACUCGUGCUGCUCGUGAUGAUGGCGGUGGAAGAAAGAAACACGAGCACGGCAUCAACGGCGCUGCUGCAACCACAGCGAUGGCAGCGGCUUCCUCUGCUGGCGCUCCCCACGGCCUCGCCCAAGGCCGACAACAACAUCCGCAGCAGCAGAGCGCAGAGGGUGAUGGUGGUGGUGCAACAGCUGGGCAUCACACUACGACCGCCACCACUGCCAGCAGCACAUCGCCACCGCUCUCCAAGACCAAACCACCACCAGCAGCAGCAGAGGUCACAGGUGGUAGUGAGUCCCAGGUGCCGCUGCAACUACACAAGCUCGUGCGCAUCCUGGAAACAAACCGCGCUGUUGUGUAUGCACACGACAUGACGCUGCGUCAGCCAUGCACGGCGAUGGACGAGGGUAACCCGUGCUUCCUCGACCUCAACGUGCCGCUGCAGCCUGCAGACGCUGCUGGGCGCACCCUGCACCACAUGCGGCUGCCGGGGCGCGUUCACCGCGGCCGCGUCGUGUUUGACUGCCACGAUGCAGCCCCGCUCGCCUUCACAGAUGCGGUGGUCAGCUGCUGGCUGCGGAGUGUUGUUGUCGUGCGGGUGAUGGUGCCACAGCGCAACACCACGCACCGUGGGCGCCUCUACAUCCGCAACACCCAUGAUGACAAUGAUGGUGGUGCUCGGGGUUGUGAUGACGGUGAUGGUGACGAUGGCGAUGAUGGCGAUGAUGGCGAGAGGAGCAGCAACGGCGAAGCGACGCCACAACUGCAUGUCGUGGGACUCGCAUCGUUCCCACUGGAGGAGGUCCUGCGUGCACCCGAACUGCACCACACAUUCACACUCCCCGUCACCAGCCUGCAACCAACGUCGCACGCCACCAUCGACAGUAACGGUGCUGUUGGCGACAAUGAUGGCGAUGGCAGUGUGGUGCAUAGCAGCAAGCCGCUCGGCACGCUCUCCCUCAGCAUCCGUCUCACCUCUGUUGUUGAGGAUGCCAGCCACCCUGCAUCGCCGCAGCGGCACCACCACCACGACACACGCAAGGCCACAGCCCUUUCCGCUGAUGGCACAGAGGCCCGUGGCUCCAACGACCACCAGCCGCAGCCCUCCUCCGAAACCCAAACAGCAGCAGCAGCGGCAGCACAAUCAAGUGGUGGUGGUCGCUCCCCGCCUGUGUAUCACCUGCUGGUGAGUGUGGCGGAUGCACGAGGCAUUGCACCGCGUGGCCCAGCGGCAGCGCCAACGCCGCGUAAUUUGUAUGUUGUGACGCGUGUGGUCAGCGAUCACGAGCCCUUACACAGCGACGUGCAGUGGAAUACCAACACGCCAUCCUUCAACCACCAGCACACCAUUGCUCGUCUCCGCACACACGGCUUUCUCGAGCAGCUGCACCAGGGGCUGUGCGCGGUGGAGGUGUGGGACCGGUGUGGAGCGAGGGAUGCGCAGGACACCUUCCUUGGUCUGGUGAAGGUGCGCACGAAGCCGCUGUACGACUGCUUUGUCGAUGCCGCCGUGGCCCGCGCCGUGCUUGACGGAACACUGCCCGUGUUUGCUGCCAACGACCACCAGCCGAUUGUGGACCCCGUGAGCGGCGGUGUUGUUGGACACAUCCGUGUGGUCGUGGCCAUGGGCUCGUCGCGUCAGAUGAUGCUCAUCACACGCACACACGCGCACCGUGGCGCCACGGCUGGCGUUCGUGACACUGGUGGUGAUGUUGCAGGUGCUGCCAGCGACGUACGACAACAGCUAUCACAACGGCAACAGCAGCAACAACCACAGCAGCAGCAGCAGCAGCAGCAGCAGCAGCAGCAGCAGCAGCAGCAGCUUGAUUCGGGCGCUGGGGAGUUGAUGGUGUCGCGAAUCAGCACGCUCGGUCCACGGAUCGAUGCACGGCCAGAUGUGCACCCGCCGCCAUGGCUCAAGCAGCAGCAGCAGCAGCAUGGCUUUGGUGGAGACGGUGGCGAUGAAGAGGGCGUGGAUGGUGGGGCCACGCGGCGCGUAUAUCGGCACAUGUUUCAGGUGGAGGUGCAGCGAGCGACAGACCUGGACUUGUUUGCUUCAACGCUCUAUGGUGAGACAGACUGUUUUGUGGAGCACGACACCGUACACUCGUUGGUACGCACGGCCAACGACACGGAUGGCCGUCGUGAGUGUGGUGCCAGUGACCAUCGUGCACAAAGGCAUCGCCUCCUCUUACGCAAGGCCAGGACUGAGCCAGUGUUGUGUGUGCCGAACCCCGAGCUCAACCACACUACCAACUGGACAGCGACGACAGCUGCACCAGACACCAUUCAGCCCAUGCUCGCCAGUCUGCUGCCCCACAGCAUGCGAUUUGCCCUGUACCAACGCUGCUACUACCCAAACGUGGCAGACACACUGCAAGGCCGCGCCACCCUCCCCACCGCCCAGCUGCAGCACCUCAUCAAAUGCGUGCAGGCAAGUGGACACACACGGGCCAAGAACACAUCACGACAGCGCCACGAGCACACCCACCACCGACAUCACGACGAUGACGAUGCUGAUGAUGCUGAUGAUGAUGACAUGAGCGGGGGCCGAUGUGGCGACAGGGAUGCCACACGCGUGUCAUCGCGAUCACAAUCACGAUCGUCGUCGCCAUCAGCAUCUCGAUGGACGACAGAUGACGACGGGGGCGAUGAGGGCGUGCGUGUGCGUGCAUGCUGCGGCCACCAGCAGUGGUUCCUGCCCUUGAUACCAACGGCAGCAGCAUCACUCUCCUCGGCAGCUGUGUCGCCCAUCGGCCAUGUCACAGUCUCCAUCCGCUACGCGUGUGUCCCUGCCACCGCUGAUGCGCACACCAUCACCGAUGAUCUCGCUGCCCCGACAGCAGCAGGAAGAAGGGCAGGUGGGCGCAGGCAGAAGUGGCAAAGUGGAUUUGCGAGCGGCGGUGGUGGUGACGAUGAGGAGGAGGAGGACGACGAGGACGGGGUGCGGCUGCGUGUGCAUUUGAGGAGAUUGACUGGCCUGCAGGCGGCUGUGCAACACCUGCUGCAACAGCAGCGCGUGCGUGCCUUGGAGGUGUGUGAGGAGGCCGGCGUGAAUGCGGUUGUGCGCAUCUCCCUCGCCCGACCGCUGCAGGGCGAACAGCACGGCGCCACCAUCCCCUUUACCGCCGCCGGCACACACGAGCGCGGCCGCUGCUCGGAGUGGUGCGAGACGGGCGUUAUUUCCCGCAGCUUCUGCCCUGAGUUUGACGAGCACUGCACGUUCCACCUCGGCCCGCGCACCGUCCCCGCGUCCUCGCUCGCCCGCCGGUCUGGUGGUGGCCGCAGACAUGGCGACGCAGGCGCUGGCGACCUCGUCACAGACACGCACGUGCUGGUGGUGGAGGUGUGGCACCGUGCAGAGGAGCGGGCGAGUGCGCUGCCAGAGAAUGCCCGCAUCAGCAUUCAUCGCCACAACUCGGCCGCCCGCACGCCAAAGCAGACCACAGCAGCAGCAGCAGCAGCGGUGGCGGCUGGCGUGCAGACAAAGGAGUUUGUGCGGGGAGACAUCCUGCUGGCCGCAUGCCGUGUUCCCAUUGCCGUAUCGUUUGAACGCGAUGGCACUGCUGUUGCGUUCCCCCAGCACGUGUGGACACCGCUCAUGGCUGCGCCUCUGCCCAAUAAGGACAGCAGUCGCCUCUUCCACCACCACCAUCAUGACAAGCAGCGGCAUGCGUCAUCAUCCUCCUCGCUGCUGCCACGAUCAUCAUCAACAUCGUCAAUGCCGCCCACCGCACAGUCUUGGCGCGUUGUCGGUGCUGUGGAGAUGGAGGUGGUGGCAGAAGGUCAUGAUGUCGGUUCUGGUGCUGGUGGGCGCGGGCAGUCUGCGAGGCGGCGUCGCUGUGAUGAUGAGGAUGAGGAACGCACGCCUGUGGCGGCAGCGUUUGCUCACCCAUGGCUGGCUGGUGCUGGCCACAUGUGCCAAGUGCAGGUGAUUGUGGAAGAUGUGUACCUUCCCUCCGAUGCGUCAAACACCACAACAACAACAACGACGACGACACAGGAACCAGCGUCGGCGUACCGUUCCCACCGCCACCACCACCACACCCAUCAGCAGCAGGCACAGAGCGCACCAUCACAAUCAGCAGCAGCAACAGCAGCAACCAGAACGCGGUACGUUGCCCGGUAUGUGCUGCCUGAUGGCCGGUUGCAGUGCACAGAGGCGCGCAUGGCGGACACGAGUGGCCACGGCCUGCCCAUUGUCAGCCUGCAACACCGCGGCGUGUUCACCUUCCCGCUCACGGCAACGGCGCUCGCAGCAUUGCAGCGGCAGCUGGAGGUGCAGCUGUGGAAGAUAGCCACAACAAUGACAACACGUGAUGGCGGUGAAGAGAACAAUGGUCCGGAACAGGGCCAAUCGCGUGCACAGGAGCAGGAAGAGGAGUGGCUGGGGUCGGCGUUUAUUACAACAGCGCCCUUGCUUCGCGGCACAACAUCCCUGAGCCAGCUGUGCCCCGUCAUCAAGCCACACGCCACGAACCUCCUCAACGCCCGCAUGCGCGUGCACGUGAUCCUGGAUGUGCUGCCGGAGCAGCAGCUGCUGUCGCUGCCGUCGGGGCCGCCGGGGCCAAACGCUCGCGUGGGAUUUGGUGCUCGUGGUGGCGGCGACGGUGGACGUGGUGGUGGUUGCGAUCAACAAUCCCAGGCUGCUACCGGUGACACUGGUGAUGGACAGACGCCUGGACACCCAAGGGAGCACAUCGUCAACUCUGGCACACACCCCAUGCUCGUGUCUGUGGAGAGCGUUGCUCACAUGAACAUUGCUGCUAAGGAGACAGGUGGCAGUGACGGUCGUCGCGAGGGCAUGCAAUGCGGCGUGUAUGUGUCAUAUCGCACCAGCAAUGAGAUUGUGUCGACGCAGGUCUCGCCUGCUGCCGGUGGGAAGGAGGCCCUGUGGAAUCACACCCGCACCGUGAGCGUGUAUCUGCCGCGCCCGCACCCAAACGCGUCCAUGACCUCUGGAGCGCUCGUGUUUGAGGUGUGGGCUCGCAAGCUGCCGCUCAACAAUGGUGACAGCGACGGCGAUGGCAGUGCGGGUGGUGGAGGAGGAAGAGGAAGAGGAGGUGGAAAUGGCAACGCAGGUGGUGGUGGUGGUGAUGACCGCCUGCUGGGGCGCGCACAGGUUGAGCUUGAGCCGCUGCUGUAUGGCCUCACGUGCAUUGACGGGUGGUACCACAUCGCCACCGCCAGCGGCGAGAAGGUUGGCCAGCUUCACGUGCGCAUUGAGCCUCUGAAGGCACUGCCAGCGCAGCACCAACUGCAACGGCGGCGCCCGCACAACGAGAAGGCGUCAGUAGCAGUGGCCGCAGCGUCACGACAGCGCCAAGAUGCUCACGAGACACGCGCGCAAGCGAAGACCACGUUGAAUUCAGCAACGGCAGCAGCAAUACAAGAAACAGCUACAAGAUCAGCGGCAGCAGGAGACUGGACCAAUCUUUCGACGACAGGCGCCAGGGUUUGCAGUGCAAGCACGAGCGGACGAUUUGGGGCUGUGUCGUCGCCACCGCCUGAUGUGUCGCGGUCGUUUCUGCACACGAAGUUGGCAGAGAACCUGAAUGCACUUGACGCUCUGGCCCAGUCUCUGCAUGCACGCCUCAUCACGCAACACACGGCAGAUGAGCAGGAAGGGGAAGGGGAAGCAGCUGAUGGUGAUGGUGAUUGGCGCGGGGGUGACGGUGACAGGCGGAUUUAUGGCGAGGAGACUGUGGUGGGGAUUGCACAUGCAGCUCAGCAGCACCGGCAUGAACGCGGUGGUGGUCACGGCCGCCUUCUCCACCGAGAGGACCGAGGCGAUGUGCGGCCUGGGUCGCCACUGCAUCGCGAUGGUGGGGAUGAUGAUGACGGUGAUGUUGGCGCUAGUUGGAGCGUUGGGCGUGGUGGACGUGGUGGGCACGAACACGAGUGGACGGAACACGAGGAGGACAGGGGUGCACACGAGGAGCGGCAGUGGCGGUCAGCUCGACGCGUGCACAUCAUCGAUGAAGGUCGACAUGGCGCGAGGGGCAAGGACGGCACAUGUGAAGGUGGUGAUGAUGGUGAUAGUGAUGAAGAUGAACACGAUGGCACCCAGCGCCGCCAAGGUCGUGCAGAUGACCCCUUGACUUCUCAAUCCGCCCACACAACGUCGUCGGCGCACGCGACACGAGGCAUGGGCGCAGGACACGAUCGCGCUGCUGUUGCUGCUGUUGAUGACGAGGAUGACCUUGAUGUUGCGUUUGGUGCGGAUCGAGUGUUGUCGCGCGCGCGAUCACUGCUGCAGCGCCUCAACGCCGGACAGACCAUGACCGCAGCCGUUGGCGCUGAGAAGGAAACCGCUCACAGCUGCGGCCCUGAUGAUGACGAUGGCAGCGGCCGUGGUCGUAUUGGUGGUGGUGACCGUGGCAACGACGCUGAUAGCGACGUGAUGGCGGGAACAGCGACCAACAGGACGUUUGUGAUUGCCGCACACGAAAGACGCCAAACGAGCGAACACGAGACAGCAGAGAUGGUGGAUGCAGUCUUGUUUGCCUCUGAAGACACCUCACAACAACAACAACAACAACAACAACAACAACAACAACAACAACAACAACAACAACAACAUCGUAGUGGUGGGUUUGAAUUCUUUGACAGCGAUGCGCUUUCGCUGCCAUCUGAGCCGGCGUCCCCGCGUCCACGAAACGAGCACAAACAAGGCGCUCACACCACAACUCAUGAUGAUGAUGAUGAUGAUGAUGGUGGUGGUGCUCGAAGUGGUGCCCACCAAGCCGCAGACGGUGUACAAGUCCACGCGUCUGCAUCACCGGCUACGAGGAGACGGACAUAUGAAUACAGGGACAUGUACGCCACCACAUCCUCCGCCACGCCGUUGCGGGUUGCCGACGAUGGUGAUGACGACGCUGGCUUGGCGUCUCUCGUUGGCUCCACGCCGCUAUCGCGUCGACUUCGUGGGGAAAGACGCGACCAACAACAAGACACCGCCCGAGUGGCUGCGGUUCCCGCGAAGGCAAGGGUGACAGCAACCACGCCAAGCACGCCACCACAUCGGGCGCGUGCACCGCGAAGGGAAGGGCUCAACGUCUCAUCGUCGUCAUCCGCAUCAACAGUGUCAAGCGACUCGUCCAUGCCAUCGCCGUCGCCACGAGCACCACAGCCGGCCACUCGCCAGUCGCCGCCAUCGUACCCAGACCUGUCGCCAGAGGAGGUGCGGCGCCUCGAGGCAAUCUUCAAAUCAAAGCACAUCCCCAUGUGAAGGCCACUGUCAUUUUGUGUGUUUGGUUGGUUGAUUCCAUUCCUUCAGCUGUGUUUGUGUCCAUGCAAACAUUCUUGCGCUCUGCCUGACAACACGCGCGAGCUUCGUGCUCGCUCGCUUGCUUGCUUGCUUGUACAUUUACUUGUUGUGUGAUGUGUGUACGAAACCUGCUUGUUUUGAAUAUCGCUGCAUUAAAUGACUCUAACAAUG